CAGAUUCAAUGUGGUAUUUGUAGUCACAUCUUUGUUGUAAUUGGUUGAUAGGUGACUGUAGAGUAACCUGAGUAAUAAAGUAACCUGAACCUGAACCUGUAGAAUGCCUGUUCUUGAAAUUGCUGUUUGAGUAAAACUAGUUUGUCCUCUUGUGCAGAUGAGCAAUCUCGUGUUCUUUGUGGUCUCCCCCAUGAUGCUCUAUCUGCUGCACCCUUAUGCCAGGGAACGAAACCUGGCCGUGCAUCUUGUUUGGAUCAUGAUGAUCUUUGUCGGUCUGUUUUCUAUGUAUUUUCAUAUGACACUGAGCCUCAUGGGGCAGUUGCUGGAUGAGCUCUCCAUUUUGUGGGUGUUAGCCGCUGGCUACUCCCUCUGGUUUCCACGUAGGCAUUUCCCCUUCUUCAUCAAGGACAGGUCACAUUUCUCCUGCGUGGUUCUAGGGAUAACAGUGAUCACCACAGUGUCCUCCUUCUUUAAGCCAGUUGCCAAUGCUUAUGCUCUCAACUGCUUCGCCAUACAUGUCGUCUACUCAGUAGUGUUGGAGAUGCGCAUUUGCACAAACCCCAAGGCAUUGCGAUUGGCCCGCCAAGCUAUUGGCUUGUGGGUCCUUGCGGUCUGCUGCUGGAUCAGUGAUCGCUUCGGCUGCAGCUUCUGGCAAAAGAUGAACUUCUGCUACCUGCACGCAAUUUGGCAUAUCCUGAUUGUGAUGGCCACAGCCUAUGGAACCUCCCUGCUGUCCUACCUGGAUGCCCACUAUGAGAUCCCGUAUUCUCAGCCAGCUCUACAGUACUGGCCAUGUGAAAGCUGGGACUUAGGCCUGCCAUAUGUCGUACUCAAGGGCCCAGUCAAGACAAAGAAAUGCUGCUAGCGAACUCAUUGUGUGUGUGAGGGGGUGAUGAGAGGAAGUCACUCCUUUGUAAUUGCUGUGCAUAACCACUGAAAGUGACUUUUUUUCUUUUCUUUAACUGUUUUAUAUAUCUAUUAUAUGUUUGUGUGCUGACAGAGUUAACUCAGGAAUGGGAUUCUGAAUAGUAGUAAAUGCAUAUAUGAGUUAUUUAUUUAGUUAGUAUGUGACUGAACUACCUUGUGAGUGCUACAGAGUAGGGAUAUUCAAAUGCGGUCCCCAAGGCCAGUAGUACUGCUGGUUUUCAUUCUUCCCCUCUAAUAUAGGACUAAUUUAAACCUGGGGUGGCAGGUCAGUUCAUCAAUUAAUUGAUCAAUUAGCUACCAGGCAGAAAAGAAAACCAACCUCAAGGGCCAUAUUUGAGUAUCCUUGCAAUAGAAAAUUCAUAUAGGAUUUAUUCCACAAUUUGCUUUGGGGCUCACAUUGGGUUUCAGUGUGAAAAAGAACUUGUUUUCUCAAUGAAAGGAACUUGUUUUCUCUGCAGUGAUGUCUCUCGUGGUUCAGAAAACUUUCCUGACCAUGCCUAUGCUGACCGUGAUUGAAAGUGUCAUAGUGUGGCUCACAAUUGGCCAUAACAUCACCCGUGGAGGAAGGUUUACAUAGGGUAUUCCCAACUCAUGAUGAGUAGUAACUUCUAUAAAUGACGAGGCACGUCCAGUCUGCCUCAGUCUUCAGCCACAGAAUAUGUACAGCCCUCCAGCACUGUGGCAAGGCAGCUCAACUGGUGCUCUGCAGAGUGAAAAGAAGUGGUAUAUCUGACUGUUCAUGUUUCAGAGGAUGUGCAUACAAACCUCUUAUCUUUGGAAGGGGCAGGGGAUUGUUGCAGUAAUGGGAAGAUCCUUGUUUAUUAUUAUUAUUAUUAUUAUUAUUAUUAUUAUUAUUAUUAUUAUUAUUAUUAUUAUUAUUAUUAUUAUUAUUAUUAUUAUUGUUAUUAGUCAUAGUAUACAGUAAAAAAAAAUGUCCUGAAUCAUUUGUCUGAAAACAUUAACCUCUAAGAUUUGAGGUUGGAGUUCAGAUUAUUUUUUUAUGCAGUAAAACCUCUUCAGAACUCUGAAAUAUUUGUUACUUAUAUAUAAUGUAAUAUAAUAAAAAUAAGCCUAUUUUAAUUUCAGUCAUUUAUUGGAAUGGUUACAGGUUCUCUUUGUAGUUAUAAAUAAUUGUAUAGGUUACUAACCAAUAAUAAGAAAAGUUGUAAGAAGGAUCUCAGCAGAACUUUUGAGGCAUGGUGUCCAACAUUAUUAUUAUUAUUAUUAUUAUUAUUAUUAUUAUUAUUAUUAUUAUUAUUAUUAUUAUUAUUAUUAUUAUUAUUUGUAUCUAGCAGAUGCACACAAUUAGAUUAUUAUAGUGUGAUUUUUUUUUUUACUUCAGAAACUAACUGUCCUCAUAUGCAAUGGUGCUAAACUGUUUACAAGGAUUUUUGUUGUAUUUCCCAGGCUCUUGAUGUCUCAUAAAUGCUAUUGUAAAUAUUUUAAAUAAACAUGAUAUUAAUAAUAGAU